UAUAGAAAUAAACAAAAGCAAAUAUGUUGCAUUCGAUUUAAGCUUUAUGGAUUUGAAACAGUGCUCAACUGGUUUUCCUUAAUUAGCGCCUAGCGUUGUUUUAUUUUACUUUAGUUGCGCCUUCUUUUUAAGUCAUGUCGAAAAUAGCUGGCGUUGUCGCCACACUGGCAGGAGGGGGUGAGCCCAGUUCGCCAGUGCAAAAGGUUUGGAAGCCCGAAUUGUAUAAAAUACAAUUGGACGCACCGGCACCGCAUCCUGUGCGCUGCCAGCGCACCCUUCCUCUGCCACCAGCCAACAGCACCGCCGACGCCGUCGAAGACAAUAGCCAGGCGGUGCGUCUCUAUGGCAGCGAGUAUCAUGGCGUGAUGGGACACCUGGAAGCGGAGCAGAUACUGGCAAAUGCCACCGAUGGUAGCUACCUGGUGCGGCGCAGCCCCAAAACGGAUGGCUACUAUACGCUGAGCGUGCGCUUCAACAAACGCUGCAAACACUUCAAAGUCUUCCACAAGCCGGGCAGCGGGCAUCAUUUGCGCGAACAAGACAAACAUUAUGAGACAGUCCAUGAGAUGGUCGCCGAUGGCCUGAUCAAUUUCCAUAUGCAGCUAUAUGCCAGCCCCAUUAUACAGCAGAUAAAUCAGCAAACCAAAAACUGUUACCAGCAGAGUCCAUACAUGACUCUGAAUCGUCGCAAGCUGCGCGCGCUCUCCAAUGAGCUGGGCAAAUCGGCAAGUGUGGACACAUCUGAUGCAGCACCCACAAUUACGUCCAUUAAGGACAGUCAGCCGCAGGCGCAACAGCAGCAGCAGCAGCAGGAGGAGGAGGAGGAGGAGCAGCAGCUGCUGCCACAACAAGAUCCCAUGCCACUUGUAUAUGAGAAGCCGCAUAAUUUCAAGGUGCACACGUUCAAGGGACUGAACUGGUGUGAGUUUUGUGCCAACUUUUUGUGGGGCUUCACGGCACAGGGCGUCAAAUGCGAUGCGUGCGGGUUUAUGGCGCACAACAAAUGCUCGGAGCUGGUGCCGCCAAAGUGUGUGCCCGAUCUGAAGUGCAUACGGGGAGUGUUUGGCACUGAUCUGACCACCAUGGUGCAGCUACAUCAGUGCAACAUCCCUUUUGUGGUGCGCCGCUGUGUGGAGGAGGUGGAAGCGCGUGGCAUGCUUCAAGAGGGCAUCUACCGCGUCUCCGGCUUUGCCGAUGAGAUCGAUGCUCUGAAACUAGCCCUGGAUCGCGAUGGCGAGAAGACGGACAUGUCCGAGGGGGCCUAUGGCAAUGUCAAUGUCAUUGCGGGCACCUUAAAGCUGUAUCUGCGCCUGCUGCCCGUGCCGCUGAUCACGUUCCAGGCGUAUCCCAGCUUCAUGGCUGCCGGUCGCAAUGCAUUGCCCGCGGAACAGCUGCAGCUCAUGGCGGAAGCAGUGCGUCGACUGCCGCCUGCGCAUUUCAACUGCCUGCAAUACAUGCUGGAGCAUCUGAAGCGCGUUGCUUCGCACUAUGCCGUCAACAAGAUGAAUGAGCACAAUCUGGCUACUGUAUUUGCGCCCACACUCAUUGCCACGCCCCAGCAUAUGACUAAUCUCACGGAGGAGAUCUUCAUGCUCUCCUCGCUGAUCACACACUGCGAGAAGAUCUUUGCCUCCAGCACGAAGAAGCAGUGAGCCACAUCUUCCGCAACCGACACGCGCUGUCUCUUUCAUAUCCAUAUCCAUAUCUCAGUCCAUCUCUUUCUAAUUGGAAUCCUUAAUUAGUCUUAACACUUUAGCUAAGCGUUUAUUUAUUUAUGAAAACAUGAAAAGGAGACAACAUUUUGCCGCAUCCUCGAUGCAAUCACCAAAAAUCUAGACUCUAAAUAGACUUAUAUAUGUAUUAACAAGCCUUCCACAUAUAUAUAUAUAUUUAUAUAUAUGUAGAGCAUAC